AUGAAGAAACUCACGGAUUGGAACCCAGCCCACGUGGGCCCUGGGGCCACAGAAUGCUGGCAAUUGCUGCUCAAGGACCAGCAUGAGGGGGCCAGGGCCAGGGGGAAAGAUGAAGCUGCGGUUCUCCAAGAGGAGUCAGGCAAGAAGCAACCAUUGCAGUUGGAGCAACAGCUGAUCCAGACAGAGCAGCACCUGGACAGUCUGGUGGCCCAAAUGGACCCCCUUCUUGAGUGUGUGACUACUCUGGCUGGAGCCCAGUAGGAGCUUCUGAACAUGCAGCUAUGAACCGUGAAGCUGCUACAAGAUAGCAAGUCAGAUAAGGGUAUGGUGGCUUCAGAACCAGAGGCCAGCAUACCUUUUCCUGAGGACUUAUAUAUAAAGGAAGAUGAGGAGGAGGCUGCUGAUGGUCAGACCUGGGAGGAGCCCAUAAACUGGAGCACAGAGACAUGGAAACUAGCUACUUCCUGGCAGGUGGAGCAGGUGCUAAGGAGAAGAUGCAGCAAGGCUGUGGAAAAGGGCUCCAGUCACAGCCCCAGCUGGGAAGGAGGGACAACAGUUGAGGGUUUAGUAAAACAGAGUCUGUUCUUUUUUAUUUUUUUUAACUUCUGUUAA